UCUCUAAUCCUUUUCUCAGACUCUUUCUCUUUGGUCGGUUAUCCUAUCUGUCGCACUUUUCUUGAUUGCAACAUCACUGCAGCUGUGAUACCCUUCGACUGGGAGGCAUUAUUUUGACUUCUAUCAAACAAGAUUUAUUGCAUCGUUCUCUUGCCAUGUCUUCCGACGACAUUCAAACACCUAUAGAUAACCUUCGGGCCACAAAGCGGAAAUUAGACGACGCGUUCCAACAUCUAGACGAUACUGUUCAGCCUGCACUCAAGAAAUCCAAUACGAGUCGGUCCGUAUAUUCUACCCUUGCAAAGUACGGGAUAAAGUCCAAAGGGAGCGCGAAUGAAGUGCCGCAAGAGACAUACAAAAAUGCCCCAAAACUCUCAGCUAUCCUCACACGUGCUGCUACGCGUACAAAAAAGUCUUUUCCUUUCAAGUUUUCCGAACCUCGUCCACCGUCAACUAUCAUCUCCAAAGAAGAAUACCGCCCUUCAUCAAUAUCCUCUUUUCUAUCUCGAUUAUCGACCUUUAAACUCUCCACAUACUCAAAUAAACCGCCUGCCAUAGAUGCAGUGGCAGCAUCGAAGUGUGGGUGGGUGAACGACGGGAAAGACCGGUUGGUAUGCGGAGUAUGCACCUCCUCGUGGGUAGUGGCUAGCAAAGAGGGCAUGUCGCGAGACGCAGCCAAUGCCCUCAUUGAGAAGCAGAAGGUUCAGCUCGUCGAUGCGCAUAAACCAGGCUGUCCGUGGCGGAUGAAGCAGUGUGACGCGUCUAUCUACCGUAUACCUCUUCAAUCACCUUCCAUUCUGUUACGCGAUAUCAAGGCGAAUGCCACUUCCCUUGACGCUCUUCUUGACGACGUUGAAAUCAAACACCCCCUAACAUCCAACCAGCUUAUAGCACUACGAUCCACAAUCAAAUUAUAUACUCUAUCAUUGUCUGUAACUGUAUCAUCAACUCAAACAGACCCACCCUCGUCUUCUUCGCCGUCUGCGACAUCUGAGGAACCAUCGGAGAAGACAAUUUUGGUGUCUCUCUUCGGCUGGAGUAUAGCUCCUGCAGCUGAGCGCCCAGCAUUGACACGAGCUAGCUCUUUGGCUCCUCAAACGCCGCCACGUUCACGGGAGUCCUCCGUCGUCCCUAGACAGUCACCUAACCGACUAAGCGUCGGGCCCUCGACCACUCUGGCCCCUCCAAAACGCGAUUCUGACACCCUCCUUCAAUGCAGCCUCUGCCAGCGACGCAUAGGGCUCUGGACGUUCGGACUCCGGCCGGAGUCUUCAACUUCUAGCCGGGCACCGACGAAACGACCCUUUGAUCUACUGAAGGAGCAUCGGUCUUAUUGUCCUUACGUCGUGCGAUCGACAGUGAUACCCACACUUAGCCCUCAGGCGCAUCUCAUGAGUCAGACAAGCUUGACAGGAGGAGCGGAAGGCGCUCUGGAGGGGUGGCGAGCCGUUGUAACAGUUGUGUUGAGGUACGGGAUGGCGCAACGAUCGCAUUUGACGAGUGGGAGAAGGCCGUCGGAGACUCAUGAGGGGGGAGAAAGUGAAAGAGAAGUUGUCGAUGGAGGUAUUGAAGCUAUGGUGGAGGGCGUCAAGGCUCGGGGAGGAAAGGAUUUACUUAAAUACGUUCGAGGACUUCUGGGUUGAUAUUUGCGGAAUUUUACAUUUUAGUAUCUUGUUGUCAGUGGUAUUAUUGACUAAGACGUCUGGACACCAAUGCGGAUAGAACAUACAAAAGGUGUGGCGCCGCUUGUCUUGAAUAUGAGUGUAAACUUCCCACCUGAGUUUAGCAUACCGUUGUAAUAAUACCAGGCGCGUACCGGUCAUCAUCUCCCAUG